AUAAUAUUUUCUCUUUUGUGAAUAAUUUGAUCAUGACAACCAACUUUUGGAAGUUAAAUUGUCUGAAUGCACUGUGGGUCUGAAGACCCCGGACUGUGUCUUACUUACUUUGCAUUCCCUGUUCCUUGCACCUAGAACAAAUCGGACGGCCUUCAUUCAUUCCUUCAUUUCUUCCGUAAAUCUUUACUGAGCACCUGCCAUGUGCCAGCUGUUCUGGAUGCUGGAGACAGAGGAGUGGACAGGGAAGAGAAACUCUCAUGGAAGUUAGGCAACAGGUAGCUAAGCCAGCAAAGAGACAAAGUAAUUACAUAUCGUGAUGAGGGCCAUGGAGGAAACGAACUGAGGCGGAUGGUCAGGUGAGUAGACCAGCUCCUUUAGAUAAGGCCCCCAAGGAAGAUCUGGCCUGUUGUUCUCCUGCUUAAAUGUUCCCAUGGCUUCUGCCAUUGUGCUUAGAAUAAAAUCCACCCUCCUUUCCACAGCCUCUAAGAUACUGCAGCAUCAGGCCCCAGCCUGUCUCUCUGACAACAUCUCCCCACAAUCUCCUCCUAGAUCAUGGUGCUCUUCAAACACACCAGACUUGUUCUGGCCUCAGGGCCUUUGCACUUACUGCUCUUCUAGCUGGAAUGCCCCUUUUCUGAUGUAUAUAUGGCAGGCUUCCCUUCAGGAGCAGCUCUCAGUUCUGAUAUCAGCUCCUGCAAGAUUUUGCUGACCAUCCUAUUUAAAGUAGCAUCUCAUACCCCACAAGUCACUAUCCCAUUGUUGUGUUUUUAUUUUCUUCAGAGCGUUGAUCACUGUCUAAAAUCAUUGUAUUUAAUUACUUUUUUACCCACCCCCACUACCCAUCAGCUUACAGAAGCUCCGGGAGAGCAGCGACCUUCAUCGUCUUGUUCACUGCUUCAUCCUCGAUACCUGAUGGAUGUGUAGAGAUGCCUCGAGUACCAGGGAUCGAUUGAACAGCCCCCUCCUGAACAUUACUCAUGUUUUGAGUUCUGUGAGAAGUAAAAUAAAGAGUACAACAGAUGGACACAAAAUAUUACUUUUAUAGAAGCUUAUUUUUGAGAAUGUGGCUUAGGCCUUCCUCCUACUGGAUCAUUACCUUCUUGGCACAACAAUCCUGAAUCCAGGUUCUCUCCCCAAAGGGAAACCGCAGGAUCUGAGCCACUGCCCAAGACCACUCAGCUGACACUUUAGGAAACACAGAAACUGCAAGUAGUCAUCCUACAGCAGCUACAAUUAAUGCCACUGAAACUAAUUCCCCUGAAGCUGCUGGCACCACGACUACACCUUCUCCCCCAAUAGCUGCUUCACCUGCUUCCCCCACAAUUAAUACACAUAAUUCCUCCACAAUUCCUACACCUACUACUAUAGACAAUGAGUCAACUGCAAAUGCAAAUUCAUUAACUACAUCUGACAGAAUCACUGCUUCAUCUACAAAUGAUGGAUCAAUCACAAUGGUUCCGUCUGAAACACAAAGUGACAAUAAAAUGUCCCUCACCACAAAAGACAACCAAUCAUCAGAGCCUCCCACUGGCAGCACUUCACUGGAGACCAGCACCCUAAACACCACAGGUCCCAGCAAUCCUUGCCAAGAUGAUCCUUGUGAAGAUAAUUCAUUAUGUGUUGAGCUGCAUAAUACACGUUUUUGCCUGUGUUUAGAAGGGUAUUACUACAACUCUUCUACGUGUAAGAAAGGAAAGGUAUUCCCUGGGAUGAUUUCAGUGAACGUAUUAGAAACAUUUGAUCCAGAAGAGAAACAUUCUGUGGCCUAUCAAGAUUUGCAUAGUAAAAUUACUGACUUCCUUAACGGUGUAUUUGGCACAUCUGUUUAUGGACAGACUGUAAUUCUUAACGUAAGCACACCUCUGUCCUCAAGAUCUGAAAUGCGUGCUGCUGACAAGUUUGUUAAUGUAACAAUAGUAACAAUUUUGACAGAAACCACAAGUGACAAUGAGAUGACUGUGUCUGAUAAAAUUAAAAUAGCAGUUGGAAAGAACUCAAGCAGCAUUCUAAGCUAUGAUUUGACCUUUAGGUGUGAUUAUUAUGGCUGUAACAAGACUGCGGAUGAAUGCAUCAAUGGUUUGGCAUGCGAUUGCAAACCUGGCCUGCAAAGGACUAACCCACAGAGCCCUUUCUGUGUUGCUUCCAGUCUCAAGUGUCCUGAUGCCUGCAAUGCAGAGCACAAGGAAUGCUUAAUAAAGAAGAACGGCGGGGCCCCUGAGUGUGCAUGCGUGCCCGGCUAUGAGGAAGAUGGUAAUGGGAAUUGCCAAAAGUGUGCAUUUGGCUACAGCGGACUCGACUGUGAGGACAAAUUUCAGCUGAUCCUCACUAUUGUGGGCACCAUCGCUGGCGUUGUCAUUCUCAGCAUGAUAAUUGCAUUGAUCAUCACAGCAAGAUCAAAUAACAAAAAGAAGGAUAUUGAAGAAGAGAACUUGAUUGACAAAGACUUUCAAAAUCUAAAACUGCAGUCGACAGGCUUCACCAAUGUUGGAGCAGAAGGGAGCAUCUUUCCUAAGGUCAGGAUAGCGGCCUCCAGAGACAGCCAGAUGCAAAAUCCCUAUGUAAGCCAGAGCAACGUGCCCCGCCCUGACUAUUAGAAUCAUAAGAAUGUGGAACCCGCCAUGGCCCCCAAACAAUGUACAAGCUAUUAUUCAGAACAUUUAGAAAGACUGAUGGAGAAGUGAGCACUAGUAAAGAUCUGGCCUCCAGGGUUUUUCUUCCAUCUGACAUUUGCCUGCCUCUCUGAAUGGAAGUGGUGGAUGUUUGCAAUGAAUCCAGCUCGCUUGCAAAAUGAGAGUCUAUGACACUAAAUGUAGUAGAUGCUAUUAGAUGCUUGUCAGAGAGGUGGUUUUCUUCGAUCAGUACAAAGUACUGAGACAAUGGUUAGGGUUGUUUUUUAAAUUUUCUUUCCUGGUAGGGCAACAAGAAUCAUUUCCAACGUAGAUGAAAGCUCCCCAGCAUUGCUUGCUGAACAUUGCUCUUGAGUUGAAAUAAAUGACCUAAUUCCCCUGGGAAACAUAUGCAUCAACUGUGGAGGUCCGAGGAGAUGAGAAGAGAUACUCACCAUCUUUCAAGGGUCACAAGCUCACUCUCUGACCCAUCAGAAUAGGGAUACUGCUUCUAUUGGAGGGAUUUUGGCAACCUUUGAACAGCUCAGAGCUUGCAACCUAGCCUCACCCAAGAAGCCUGGAAGGAGACAUAUCUCUCAGCUUUUUCAGGAGGCGACUGGGAAUCCAGGAACUUUCUGAUGCUAAUUAGAAGGCCUAGACUAAAAAUGCCCACUAUGGGGUACACUCUACAGUUUUUGAAAUGCUAAGAGGCAGAAGGGGCAGAGCGUAAAAAAACAUGACGGGGUAGAAGGAAGAGAGGCAAAGGAAACUGGGCGGGGAGGAUGAAUUAGAGAGGAGGCACCUGAGAUCCACCUUCUUCCUUAGGUCCCCUCCUCCAUCAGCAAAGGAGCACUUCUCUAAUCAUGCCCUUCCAAAGACUGGCUGGGAGAAGAUGUAAAAACAAAAAACCCAGGAGUAAGAGCCUUAGGUCAGUUUGAAAUUGGAGACAUGCUGUCCGGCGAAGGGUGCGAGAGGGAGCUUAAGCUCAGGGGUCCAGCCACCCAGCCUCGGGGUAUAGGUUCCUGAGGUGUGCCUUUGGAGCCUCAGCCUUCCCUGGUGACAGAGGCUUAGCUGUGGCCACCAACACAUACAGCCACACACACACAUACACGAAUGGGGGCAACCAUAUCCAGCACAAGCUUUUACAAAUGUUAUUAGUGUCCUUUUUAUUUCUAAUGUCUUGUCCUCUUAAAAGUUAUUUUAUUUGUUAUUAUUAUUUGUUCUUGACUGUUAAUUGUGAAUGGUAAAGCAAUAAAGUGCCUUUGUCAGAUGGUG